ACACCAAACUUUCCUGACUGCCCCCAAAUUCAUGACAAAACUUCACCGACUACCGUGUUGCGUUUCAUAGUCGUUGAUCUCAACUGUCUAAACUCCAAACACACACACUCUCACACACAUUCCGUCACCGGAGACCAAUACGCCAUCGUUUUGCACAAUGUCAUGGAUAAGAUCCGCCGUCAACAAGGCCGUAGAGGUCGGGAACAACAACAACCUCACUCGCACCGUCAUAAACUACGCCGAUACUGUUGUUCAACACGCCGGUCAAGCGGUUGCUGAAGGCGCCAAACUGUUUCAGGACCGACUUGGGGGUCGAAGUUUCAAAAGCUUUAAGCAGACAGUUAGAAGAUUGGAAGAAGCAUCUAUUUCCGCCAGAGGUCCAGAAAGGAUACACUUGAUGAGAAGAUGGCUUGCUGCUCUGAAAGAAACCGAGAAACCGUCAGGGGGUUCUUUUGAAGAUGAUGACAAGAAUCACGAACCGCAUCUUCCGUCUGAAGAAGUAAAAGACAAUAUGAAAAAGCCAUCUCGAGUUUUGUACUAUGACUCUGAUAUGGUGGGAGACCCGAUGAAUUUCCAUGAUGUUUUUCUCUAUAGUCAAGCUUUGGAGGGCAUUACAAUAUCUAUGAUUCUCGUACCACCAAGUGAGGAGGAGGUUUCUCUGCUUCUGGAAUUUUUUGGUUGCUGCCUUACCGGAGGAAAAGAAGUUCAUAAUGUCAUAGUCAGCAGCAUCCUGGAUUUGGCGAAAGCAUUUUCAACCUAUAAAGAUGAAGUUUUGGUAAAGCGUGAGGAGUUGCUACAGUUUGCACAAGGUGCCAUCACUAGUUUAAAAGUCAACGCGGAGCUUAAUAGAAUAGAUGCCGAAGUCUCUGUGCUCAAGGAAAAGCUUGCGGGAAUGGAAUCAUCUGUGGAGAUUAUCGGUGACGGUUAUGAAAAAGCCUCCAAAGAAGCAACCGUCGCUACAACAGAGGCUCUCAAGAAGGCUCUGGCCCAUAUUCGAGUUUGUUCUAAACUAGAAGGGCUUUUGCUGAAAAAGAAGAUGCUUUAUGGUGGAGAAACUCCAGAGAUGCAUGCUCAAAAGGUGGAUAAGCUGAAAGCGUUAUCGGAGUCUCUUGUUAGCUCCUCUACAAAAGCUGAGAAGCGUAUUUCUGAUAACAGAGUUCAGAAAGAGGAAGCUUUGAAUUUCCGUGUCUCUAAAGCAAGUGAAGUUGGGGAAAUAGAGAAGGAAUUGGCUGCUGAGGUUGCAGCCCUUGAGAAGCAGAGAAAUGAUCUUGAAGCUGAAUUAAAAAGGGUGAACGUCUCAUUGACAGCUGCCAAUGGACGACUUCAGAACGUUAGGGAAGAGAGGGAUCAAUUUUACGAAGCUAAUGAUCAACUUGUUGCACACUUGAAAACAAAGGAAGACGAGCUAGUAAAAUCCAUUGGCUCUUGUAAGAAAGAAGUGAUUGUGGUGAAUACUUGGGUCAGUUUUCUCGAAGAUACCUGGGUUCUUCAGCGUGCUAAUACAGAGACAAACGAGAAGCAAGUCGCUGAUGAGUUGGCAAAACACGAGAGCUAUUUUGUGAACUUGGUCACUAAACUGCUUUCGGCUUACGAGGAAGCAUUGAAGCCCUCUGUUGACCGUGUUGAGAAAUAUGUUGAGAGCUUGAAGAGCUUAAGUGAAGGAUCAGAUCCACCGUCCAAUGUGGAUAAACAAGAUUCCAAGACAAUAAAUCCUCGAAGAAGUCUAGAGGAGGAAUAUCUGGAUUAUGAAGCAAAGGUCAUUACAACCUUCAGCGUGGUGGAUAACAUGAAAGAGCAGUUCUAUGCUCAACGCAGGAAAAAUGGCAGGAAAGAAGAUGCAAGAAUCAAAGAACUUUUUGAAAACAUUGAAAAGUUGAGGGUAAAGUUCGAUGCAAUCGAGAGGCCAAAUCUAGAAAUGGAGAAUCCGGAGCAAGAAGAUGAGACGUCAGAUGCUGAAACAAGCACCAAACCAGUAGAAAGUCAAUCUCAUCCGAAGCCAAAAACAGCAGACGUAUCUCAGACCCACACCCAGGCAAAUGAGCAGCAAGUGAAGUCGCCUACUGUGAAAGUUGACCCAGGUCAGGGGCUAGACCCGGAAGCGGAACUAGCAAAGCUUGAGUCUGAAUUUGGUAAGGUUAACCACGAGUACACGGAGGACGAGAUAGGUGACUGGGAAUUUGAUGAGCUUGAAAAGGAAUUAAGCAAAUAGAUACAAUAUAAAUUAGUUAGAAUGGAACCAUAAAUUAAGAAGAUUUUUUUUUUUACUUGUAAUAUAUCACUUGGCUUGUACAAUGUUAACACACCUAUGCAAGGUUUGAUGCUUUCUUUUAGUCUUGCAUAAACAACAAUCUUGAAUCAUAUUUAUGAGCCACACAUAUAUUAAAGACCGCCCAAA